UGAGCCAAGGGAAAUGGGCGUGUUGAUUUAUUAAUUGGAGGGGGUCUUUUUGGUUUUGUUGUCUUUCUUCUUUUCUGUAACUGUUGCAGCUUGGUUGAAAGAGUAGUUUGAUCCUGAUUUUGUCGUUUUCUGAACAAUUUGGGACGGAGUUCCAUGCUUUUAAUUGGAGAUGUUUGAGCAACUUUACUGUGCUGUCAUCUUAACAUUGAACACCAAACUGGGUGCUAUUUAGCAAUGUCAAAUCAAACUAGUCUAAACGAGAAGAUACCAUCAUCUGGAGCAGCAAACCCAGUCACAACAUCAUGUCGGAAAAAGAAAAGUGAGGAAGCUACUUUCAUGGAAGAUUUGAAGGAUCACAUUGACGAAUUUAUUCAUGCUUCUAUGGAUGAACACAAAACUUGCUUUCAGAAGACUAUCAAGAAGAUGUUUGGAAUGUCAAAAGUAGUUGCAGAAAGACAUUCUGAGAUUAAAGAAGUGGAAAGUGCUCUGCCACUUCGAACAACAGUUGCUGAUUAAGGAUUCAAUGAAUCUGCAUAACAGCUGGUGGACCAUCCUAUUUACUUUGUGGUUGGGCCAUCAGCAUCACCCUCAAAGGUACGUUGAUUACAUUAAGUUAUUGUCUAGAAACUUAAACCACCACCAAUCAUCCCUCCCACCUUUACCUUAAUUUGAUGUGUGAGAUCCUUUUUAGCUUACAAAAUUCAAUGCCUUGUACUGCCAAAUGGAUAACUUUUGGUUCUUUUCUGGAGUGGUUAAUAUGCGGAAUUGAAAAUCAAUCUAAUGAGUGGCCAAAUGGGCUUCUUGAUGUGG